ACUGCGCGUGCGCAGUAUCGUAGUGUUUGUACCGGAGCGGCUGAGCAGUUGGAGUAAACCUUUACGUUAAUGUUUAUGAAAUAUUAAGGUAACGUUUCCUUUUUACUCUGUAUACAUGCUUGUGCAGUAGUAUUUUUAUAAGGCACCCGCGUUUUUAUAUGACUAAUUCACAGGGUAAAUAUACGAGCGAAGCUUUUCUUCCUCAAGACAUGAGCUCGUUAUCCUGCGUCCAUUAGUGUUGUUUCCAUAGAAUGUAUAUAGAAUAUAAAUAUAUAUUCAUAUUAUAUACAGUCUAUGGUUGUUCCUUGGCUGAACACAGACCUGUUGAACCGCUCUAGUCAGUGUUAUUUGCUUUUUAAAGUAGGAUAUUUGUUUUUGAGGGUGAUUGGAGGUGUUUUUGUUCCACUUUUAUCAUUGUUGUCUAAAGUUCAGAGCGUCAAGUAGGGGAGAGUGGGGUAAGUUGAGCCAAAGAGUAAGUUAAAGCACCUCUCUGUUGCUUGGAAAUGGUAAAAGAAAUUGAUCAUGUGACCAAAUAUUUAGGAGAUGGGCAUCAAUUCAUGGAGUCUGUGAAGGUUAGAGGCACAUGGGUGAAGGAGUUAGACAUUUAUUUCCAAAAAAUCUAUUUUCACUCUUAAAAGUGAAUUUAGUCCGUCAUAAUUUUUAUUAGAAUUGUGUUCAGACCAAAAAAAGAUCAUGUUAAAUUUGUUUUCUACAUCAAUAUGGUAUCUAGGAGCUACAACAUGAGGUCAUAAAAGUCCACCAUUUUAGCUCAGAGGACUAAUAAAGUCACCAAAGUCAUUUUUCAGACAAAAAAAAAUCUAAGUUCCAAGUGCCUCACAGCAGCUAAAAAACAACAAUUAACAACAACAUACUGUACCUGAACCUCCCACCCACACACCCAACCAUGGAUACUACAGACACACAAAGACACACACGCCCACCCUCACUCACGCACAUAAAUAUAGGUAAAUAUAUGCAGAUACACUAGUUAGAGACAAAACUAUGAUCGCCUUGAUGUAGUGAUCCGAAAUAUGUCAAUAGGCUAAUCUUACCCCAUUCUCCCCUAUUCUCCUUGUACAUGUAUAGUAGGUAGAAAUGUGAUUAUGUAGUCAUAAUCAGCAGUCAGAUUUGCUUGAACUAUUCCCCUGCUGCACUCCAGUUGGUGAAGCGAUGGCGGCCUUUGAAGAAGGUCACUGAAAACAAAAAUGUGCAUGUUACUGAGCUGUUUUUUUCUGUUCUGUGCUACAGUAGAAACAUGAUGGUGCAAGGUGACAGCCACUGUGGAAAGGGACCUGCUCCCUUGUCAGAUAUAAUAAGCAAACCCAAAGUCAACAAAACUUUUAGGAUUUAUAUGAUUGUGUGAUGAUGAUGAUGCACCAAUUUAAACAUACUCAUGAAUAUUAGAUUUCAUUUACAGUCUUUUCUGCAAAAUGCUGCUAAUUACAACAAACUUUACCUUGAAAGUUACCUACACUGGCUCUGUUUCAGUGGGUGCUUUUCUAAAAGAAAGUUAAGCAAAUGUUGAUCUUUCUAUCCCUUUCCAGUUAAGGCAUCUCAUGUAAUGCUGGGAAGUACGAUUAUUAACCAUCAACAACAUGUGGGACUGCAGAAGCUCUCAGCACUGGCGGGACUCGCACACUCCUUUUUGGGUCCCAAUAAAAAGUACAAAUUCAUUCAAGAUGACACGAGUGGGGAGUCAGUGAUGGUGUGCUCAUGUUUUCGCAUUCUGGAGAACUUGGAGCUGACCUGCUCGGUGGGUCAGCUGAUUUACGAGACUGUUCGAGCCCACCAGAAGGUCCAUCACACCGGAUCAGGAUGUCUCCUGUUCCUCGCUGGAGUGUGGAGUCGUGUUGCUUUGGAGUUCCUUCACAGAGGAAUUCCAGUGGCAAGCAUCAUCUUGGCGAUGUCUGAAGGGAUGGAUAUUUGCAUGGAUGUUUGCAGAAAAUCCAGUGUGUCAAUUGAUAAUCUUGAUAUGGAGCAUUCACAGAGCAGCACUGCAUUAUCGGGUCUUCAGCUGUCAAAGGAACCCAUCAAAGACACUUCACAAGCACCACACCAAAGCAAAGGGACGAUAAAUGUUGGGCAUAAGUCUCUUAAAGCAAGCGCACAAAGAAAAAUAAAACUCAGUCGACAUUUUUGUGAACCCAAGUCAGAAAAUAUGUCCACAGAAUUUCAAAAUCCGCAACCCAAACUUCUAGAUAUUGCACACAUUGCUGAGUGUCUUAGUCACGGUUGUGUGGAGGCAAUGAAUCUGGUAGUCGAAUGCAGCAGAAUACAGUCAAAAAGCAGCCAGCAAGAUAGCACCUGUUCCAAGUUCAACGUCUCCAAAGUCAUGACUUGUGUGCUGCCUGGUUUACCAGAGGAAGAAGCAUGCACUGUACAGGGCUGCAUCCUUCUCUUAUCUGCUGAUCAGGCUUCAGUGGCACAUCACUUGAAAGAUCAGCUAUUGAAGGUUGUUCUUAUUGAUGGAGAUCUAUCGGGAACUUAUCGCCAUCUUGGCUUUAAAAGACUAUCAGGUAUACAGUUCAUGAGCGAAGACACUGAUCUGUCGAGCUCAAGCAAAGAGGAAAACUGGAUGGAAAAGGUUAUCACAACUCUGAUGAACCUGGAAGUGAACCUGAUACUCAUCAGCGGGCUCGUAGGUGAGAAAGUGAUUCAGCGCUGUUCUAGCCAUCACAUACUUGCGGUGGAAAAAGUAAAGGUUUCCGUUUUGAAUGCAUUCGCUGAUUCAACGGGAGCUGUCCCAGUGACUUACGUCACACAGUUGAGUAAGAGCUGUGUUGGCGCUGGAGUGAAAUUAGUGAUAUGGAGGGACCUCAGCAGCUACAAGAGGAAAUCAUCGUUAGCUGUGAAUAUUUCCACCGGAAGAAACAUCGAGUUGGUCACAGUGGUUGUUACGAGCUGUAUAGAGGGAAAGCUGCAGGCUCUGGAGGAUCAGUUCUGGACUUGUGCCUAUCGUGUACAUCAUGCGCUAAAGGACAGAGCCCUCCUGCCUGGUGCUGGAGUAAUGGAAAUGCUGUGUGCUCAUCACCUUCAAAAUCAAGCGGAGAGAGACCCUCCCCAACAAACCAAAGCAGCAGCAGCAAACCCUUACAGGAGUGUAGUGUUGCACCACAUGGCAGAAGGUUUAAUAGAUUACAUAUCCACGGUAAUGGUUAACACUGGAAAGUUUUCCAAACUCCAGGCCAGGACUGCUGUGAAUCAGCAACUGCAAGACUGUAACAAAAAUCUGGGUGGAGCUGCAUUUUUUUCACCGCUUUUCUCAGAGGCUGAAAAAAAGGACAGGCUCAUUUCCUCACCUGUAAGGUCCACUAAUCCACCAGCAGUGAAAGUGUACGAUAACCUCAGUGUGAAACAGGAAGCAUGGAGGAAAGCCUUGGAUCUGGUUUUCCUGGUCCUGCAGAGUGAUGCAGAGGUCAUCACGGGUAUCGAUCAAACCGAAGCCGUACAGAAAAAUCUGAUGCUGUUAUGACCGACAUAAAAAAAUAUGCGUUGAUUAAUUAUGAUUAAAAAAAGAAUAAAAAUGUGAAGUUUUAUCUUU